UUACGUAGGAAUUAGCGUUCAAGUAGUCUGUGAUGGUCCAGAGAGGGUUUACCCCCUGCCAUUUUUUUUCUUAUCAUGUUCUAUGUUGUAACGUUAGAAUCUAAACAGUUUAAGAAAGCCUAAUAAGGACUGAAAAUUCUUUCUGCUGAAAGAGGAUUACAACCAAAUGAUUGACAUUUGUUAAGUUUUAUCUUUGUAUUUUAUACCCUAAUAGUCUGCAAUAUGGGUUAGAAAGAUCCAGUUUUCUGACUUCUAUCUCAAAUAGUGAUCUAUAGUUUUAUUAAACAAUAUAAAACAAGUAAUUGCCAUUUUGAAUUGAAAACUUGCUUGCUUAUUUUUCAUUAAGGAGCAUAACACGUAUGUUGUUCUUUUUGUUCACAGUUAGUAAUUUCUGUUAAUCUCAUAAACAAUGUAUGGGAGUCUAGUCAUUUUCAGCAAACUGGGAAGACAUGAAGAGUGGUAAAUGCUUGGGGGUUUUGCACAAGUGCCUCAUAUGAUACCUUCUAUUCUCAGCAUAGGUUAAAAUUAGAACUAGACUGACAUUGCAUUGGAGCCUGUGUGAGAGUUCCAAAUGUUUUUGGUAGUACAGACAAGAUUUGUAACUUAUCUAUUCUCUUGUGCAGAAAGCAAUGAGUCAUGGAAAAUCUCUGAAAGCACCACAUCUUUGAGGAAAAGAUGACUUCUAAACGUUAGCCCUAUCUAUUUAUAAAUUGGGAUCCUGAGACUCAGGAGGGCCACAAGAAGAUUGAGGGAGAGGUGUGAAGAACUUAAAAAGCAUUAAAAGCUGUUACAUACGUUGAUGCAUUGAGGUUGAAAUUACAGUCAGAUUCCCGUGGCUGAACCUGAACGUGUCAGAAUCAUGACUGAAACUGCAGUUUGCAUUGGAUCAUUCACUGCUGUGAAGACACUUUGGGAAGUAAGAAUACACAAGAUAAAUGAAGAAUUACGGAAAGAGAAGGAAUUCAGACAGAGGUCUGCAGGAAGGCUAUUGCUUGUCUGGGAGGAGAGAGCCGCUUUAGCAAAGCUCAAAGAAAAAAUAAUUAAUGAAGAUGGAAGAGCAAUUUUAAGGAUAGAAGAAGAAGAAUGGAAGACUUUACCUUCAUGCAUAUUGAAACUACUCCAUCUCCAGGAAUGGCAGCUUCACAGGACUAGCUUGCAGAAAAUUCCUCAGUUCAUUGGAAGAUUUAACAAUCUUGUUGUUCUCGAUCUAUCCCGGAAUUCAAUAGAAAGUAUACCUAAAGAAAUUGGCCAAUUGACUAGCCUCCAAGAGCUGCUUCUCAGUUACAAUAGAAUAAAAUCUGUUCCUAAGGAAAUAAGUAAUUGCAUCAGCCUGGAAAGAUUGGAACUGGCUGUCAACAGGAAUAUCUGUGAUCUCCCUCCUCAGCUAAGUGAAUUAAAGAAGCUGUCACACAUAGAUUUGUGCAUGAAUCAGUUUACUACCCUGCCUUCAGCUCUUCUCAACAUGCCAAAUCUAGAGUGGUUAGAUAUGGGGGGAAAUAAACUCCAGGAGCUUCCUGAUGCAAUUGACAGGAUGGAAAAUCUCCAUACCUUAUGGCUCCAAAGGAAUGAAAUAAACUCUUUGCCAGAAACCAUUGGUAACAUGAAAAAUCUUAGUACUCUUGUUCUUAGCAACAACAAACUUAAGGAUAUUCCUGCUUGUAUGAAGCACAUGACAAAUCUGAGAUUUGUCAACUUCAGAGACAAUCCACUGGAGCUAGAGAUCACACUCCCUCCAUGUGAGAAUACAGAAGAGGAGGAGCAACAGGAAAUGUACGGCAUUGAAUUUAUGCACUUGUAUAUUCAGGAAUCACUGAAGAAUACAGGAAAGUUGGAGAGUUGCACUUCUGGUCCUUCUCCCAUCCUAACCGCUAAUGAUUAAAGAACAUAACUGAGUAGAAGAGAAUAUUGAAUAUACUUCUUCCUAACAACCAGUUUCAAGUAUUGUUAGGGAUUUUCUUUUCCAGUAAUGAGAACUGGUUUGUGUAUUUUUAAUUCCAAGUGAAACUGGGAACUGAAAAGUUGUUUCCUGAGUAGAGGAAAGAC